CCGCCUGUUUUAAAAUCGAUUGACAGCGUCUGCGAAUAUUUGUACUGAGGUUGCAAAAAACAGUGUAAAUUCUUGUAGGACUACGUAUAUUUGAGAAACUUUUCGGAAAGUAAAAUACAAUUGAAAAUAAUUGAAGUUAACUUUUUGUUCAUUUUAAAUUAAAAAAAAAACAUAUAAUAAAAUAUGACAGGCAUAGCUCCUUUAUCUACGGGCGUUAUAGAGCGCAUUAUGCGAGGCGAGGAAGUAGAUAAGCCUGUUUUGCAAAUUUUGGGAACGAAGAAAAUUACGGGCGGCGAAACCGAUCGUUUGCGUCUACUUAUUUCGGAUGGAAAAUUUAUCAACAGUUAUUCCAUGUUAGCAACUCAACUCAAUCAUUUGCAUGCAGAAGGUAAACUCUCGGAAUACACUAUAGUGCGAGUUGACAAAUAUAUAACAUCGGUGGUCAACGGCAAGGAUGCCGGAAAGCGUGUGCUCAUAAUACUUGAAUUGAGUGUGUUGAAUCCGGGGACUGAAGUCGGUAAAAAAAUAGGUACACCAGUCUCGUAUACCGAAGAAGCCGCGGCACAAAGUAAAGCGAGUACAAAUAACAGUAGUACUGCUACGAAACCUGCAAAGAAAGCAGAUACCAAGCCAUCUCUUUACAACAACAAUAAUAACAAUACUCUGAACCAAUCAUUGACCGCUGGUCUUACUCAUCCUAUCUCUAKCUUGAGUCCAUACCAGAAUAAAUGGGUUAUUAAGGCGCGUGUUACAGCAAAAGGUCCAAUGCGCACCUGGAGUAAUGCAAAGGGCGAAGGUAAACUCUUUAGCAUGGAUUUAAUGGAUGAAUCUGGAGAGAUACGUGCAACCGCGUUUCGCGAGCAAGCUGAAAAAUAUUAUGAUAUAAUUGAAGUUGACCACGUUUACUAUAUAUCGAAAUGCCAACUGAAGCCUGCGAAUAAACAGUUUACCACAUUGAAAAAUGACUAUGAAAUGACACUAACUGGUGAAACACAAAUCCAAGCAUGCGAGGAAGACGACAAUGAUAUACCAGAAAUUAAAUACGAUUUGGUCCCUAUAUCCCAAUUAGCGAACCUAGAGGCGCGUACAAGUGUUGAUACGAUUGGUAUUUGCAAAGAAGUUGGUGAACUACAAACAUUUACCUCUCGCACUACCAAUAAGGAAUUCAAAAAACGUGAGCUGACACUGGUUGACUCCAGUAAUGCUGCUGUGAAUUUAACAUUAUGGGGCGAUGAUGCGGUUAACUUCGAUGGGCACGUGCAACCAGUAAUUUUAGUUAAAGGUGCACGCGUGACCGAAUUUAAUGGAGGUAAAAGUAUAAGUAUGGGCAGUGGCUCGGUUAUGAAAAUAAACCCAGACAUACCGGAAGGUCAUAAGCUCCGUGGCUGGUUCGAUAACGGCGGCGGUGAACACAUUUCAAAUAUGAUUUCCACCAGAACUGGUGGUGCUGGCGGGGGUUAUAGCACCGAGUGGUUAACAUUUCACGAGGCACGCAGCCGAAAUUUGGGCUCUGGUGACAAGCCAGAUUAUUUCCAAUGCAAAGCUGUUGUACAUAUAGUUAAGUGUCAGAAUGCAUUCUACAAGGCUUGUCCGCAAGCGGAUUGCAACAAAAAGGUUAUCGACGAGAACAACGGACAUUAUCGUUGCGAGCGUUGUAAUGCCGUGUUCCCCAACUUCAAAUACAGGCUACUAAUUAAUAUGAGCAUUGGCGAUUGGACAUCAAAUCGUUGGGUUACUUGCUUCAGCGAAGUGGCUGAACAACUGUUGAAUCGUUCGUCACAGGAAAUCGGCGAUUUACUCGAAAACAAUCCACCAGAGGGUGAAGACGUGCUCUCCUCUAUCAAUUUCAAUUCGUAUAUAUUUAAAUUGCGCAGCAAAGUAGAACAGUUUGGUGAUAUGCAACGUAAUAAGUUGACAGUUCAAUCUGUCGCACCAUUGGAUUACAAGGAGUACAAUAAAUAUUUGAUAAACAACCUUAAAGAGUUAACUGGCAUUAACAAAAACUAAUUCAGCUUGGUAUUGUUUACGUGAAUAUUAUUUAUGUUUAUUUCUCUCUGUAUAUGUUAAAUGUUAAUACAUACUUUUAUUUUUUAUUCUUAAAGCAUUUUUCCAAUAUAAAAAUUUAAAUGGA